CUAGAGGUCAUAACGAAGCGCAUUCCACCGCGUGUUUGAAAUCAAAACACGUCCAACGAAGAUUGCAUUUAUACUCUAGCUCUAUACAAGUGCAAAAGCGAAUACAAGGCUGUAAUUUAUGAAUUAGUGGCAUUUACUUCUGGACCCAGUGGCCUUAAGGGGAAUGUCUUUGUCAUGUAAAUAGAAAUGACACGGUUCGCUGCGAAAUCCUGACUCACUAAGAUAAAACAAACCACGCUCACGAUAACUGCGAACCAAGCCAGCUGAUAUGAAUCUACUAAAACCAUUAAAAGAAAGAAACGCUGUUUUUCUAUAGACUUUACAGCGAGGCUGAAGUCAAGUUUGUUGUACGUUAAAACAAGAACGCUGCUGGAAAAUGUCGGAGAAGGUUGGAGUUGAAGAUUGUGUAGUAGCGAUUAAAUCGGCAGAAUAGGGAAUAAAGAGAGUCAGCUCUCUGACUCCCUGUCUGGGAGCAGAGGAGACGCAUAUGUGGUCCAAGAUCAGUCGAAAGGACUCAAUUCCGAGCCACGAGUUGAUCCGGACGACCCGAACAUCAUAAGGUCUCAUGCCGAAGUCAACAUGCUUUCUGCGGACAAUGGUCCGUUACGCUGGGUGCCAAUGGUGGAUGGUGUUAUCCCGAUCGUUAUCCACAGAAAAGGGGUUGGAGCAGAUGAGGUGUUUGAAGUCACAGCUUCAACGCACAAAGGGACAGUAUUUAAUACAGAGUUUAAUUUGAAAGAAAUAAGGUUAAAGAAAACUUCAGAUUUUUUCGUUCAGUGGAGGAACCGUAAAUCAAGGAAUGCAUGGGGGUUGAAUUUCAUAUCGGCAGAAGAGGCAGACAGAUUUAUGCAAUUUUGUCAGGUGGCCCGUGUCCGGUCAUGGUCCUCUUCGUCCUCCUCCGCUUGUGGCUCAAGCGCCAUGCAGGCGUCUCCUAGCAACUCUCCUCACGAAAAAAGUCAUGCCCAACCAGAAAACAGUACAAGUGACCCUAGCAACAGGGCCACGCCUAGCGACACGCAGACCUUGCGUCAGAGCAUCGGAGAGCAGUACAGUAGCAGUAGUACUCUUGUUGGCAUGGAAACCGCGAGUAAUGGCAGUUCCCUUGGCAACGGAUCUGUUCCAGCACGCAAAAUAUCAAGUAAUACUAGCAGUGAUGUCACAUUACGAGUUAAAUCCAAUGAAAUUGAAAAUGUAGAUGGACAUCGCAGUAGCGGUGGUUCCCAUAGUAACGGUGUGAAUGACAGUGGGUAUGGUUCCUCAGCGACAAGUAGCCAUGGCAACACAGGCUUGACACAAGCCGCACCUGAUAGCUGGUUCGAUGCUGACGACUACGAGAGUGAUCCUUCGCGACCAACGUCUUCUGCGUCUGAUGUGGAACAGCGGUUGGACGAGUCAGGGCAUGCGUCUGAGCUGGACGACUCCGCGGAGAGAAGCUACUUCCAAGAGAUGGCACGGUUACACAGCCCGGAACCCAUGGAAAUCUCUGCAUCUUUUCACGAGGACGCGGAGCAAAGCAGUACUUGUGGCACCGACACGGACCUCAAGCCCAGGUCCGGCAUCGCGCAGUCGCGACAGGGCGGGGCCACGCGCAAGGCGGGCUGGUUGUCAGGGAAACACGUGCUGACGAGGGGAAAAGGCGGGAAACUGGAGCAAGCUUCCGACCGGAAGUGGAGGAAAUACUGGAUGACAUUACGCAGUGCGGCGCUGAAUUUCUAUCUUUGUAACGAGAAAACCGUGAGUGCUCAAGACCUGGACGACCCGACGUUUUCCAUCGAGAUUGACGGAUGCAUAGCACAGGCCGUGCCAGAGCACGCCAAGCUUGAUCACGUGUUCAGCGUCAGCAUGAGGCUCGGCGAAGCUUACUACUUCCAGGCAGCGAAUCAGACUGACCUCGAGAACUGGGUAACCGCUAUCCACUCCAUGGCCGCGUCAUUGUUAACGGGGCCUGGGCCUAAAAGUAAAGAUGAAAUGCUUCGCAUUCUGAACAAACGGUCUAAAGAGACAGAGGAGAGGAUCGAGUCUGAUUCGAAACUUAAGAAAAUGGCGGAAUUGCAAUCAUCGGUAGUGACAGAUCACAAAACAAAACAGCAGUUCGUGGACCAGAUUUCGCGAUGGGAGAAAAAUCUCGAGGAGCUUCACAUCACCUUUCAUCGCCUGCAGUGUUACACAUCAGCGGUUCAGGGGACACCGCUGCCCAAUCCGCAGACUCUUCUCGCCUGCGUGUCACGCAACACCAAGCAGACAUUGUCACGCCUUGGUGUUUUCUCCGUCACGUCAUUCCACUCUGUGGUCAGCGCCAGGGACCCGUCUGUUGAAGUCGAAGUGAAGGCUCGUAACAAAGCCAAACGCUCGCCAAGCAGUGUGGGAAGGUUGAAGACCGCCCUUUUUACCUCCCUACGGAUCAACGAUGCCGCUAGCGUCAAGUCGAUACGGGAUCGAUAUUCACCCCGCUCUGCGCAGAAUAACAGACGCCAAAACCUCGAGAGUAUUUCUGACAGCAACGAGGAGGAAAGUGAAUCGGCGCGGUCGCUGAGCUCUAGUCAUUCUGAUUGGAAGAGCCUUGGGAACUACCUGCGGAUUAGCCUUCCUAGUAACCAGGCCACCGUGAUUCCCCUCGGCCACGACAUGACCGUGAGGGAAGCAGUCGAGAGCACGUGCCAGAAGCGACAGCUGGAGCCGCGCGCGCACUACCUCAGACUAGGGAAGGAGGACAAUAACGGAGUUAUAGACUUUUAUACCCCUGAUGAAGACAGCCUGCUAGAAGACCUGCACUACUCCCACUUGAAGCUGUGCGAACGAUGUGUGUUUUCGGUGGAGCUCACCAAGUCACUAGAGAUGGGGGGAUUGGACUUUGGAAUUUCCGUCACUUGUCGUAAUGACGCGCUGUACAUCAGUCAGGUGGAGGAAGGGCGACUUGCGCAUGUGCAAGGCGUACAAGCUGGGGAUGAGAUUCUCGCUGUCAAUGACGUCAAUGCGGAAGACGUGGAAAACCCCAUCGAUGACUUACAGGCCGCACUUCAGGACCCCUGUAUCACCCUAAAGUUACGCUCGCCUCGUGAGGAGCCCCCGGUCAGCAGCAAGGUGACAUCGGACGCCAUCAUUUCUAGUCUCGUGCUCCCCGCGCCACCCAAGAUAAGUCAUGACCUCGAUCAACAAGAUCUCAGUGAGCUGAUUGUACCUCCGCCCAUGCUUGAUUUCGAUGACGGAGAUGCGAGCAGCGUGCUGAGUACAGAUUCCUUUACCACAAGCCAUACCAACAAUACACACAAUAGUACCACGACAGUCGACGAGUUACUGCAGCAAGCAGAGCAAGUCACAAUAUUCUGUCGACAACAGCUGGAGAUCCAGGAUGAAGAUCAAGGAACCAAGCCUGCUGUCCAUUUCACGCCUGCGCAGAAACUACGUAAAGUGAUUUACGAGCUGGCCGAGACCGAGAGGUCUUACGUCAAGGAUUUAAAGCUGUUGUUGAAUCGAUUCCUCGAUCCGCUAAAAGACGAGAACUUUAUGUCUCAAGCAGAGGUUAAAGCCUUAGUCGGAACCGUGGAUGAGAUCCUGGAUUUCCAGAUCACUUUUCUGUCGGAAAUGGAGCGCCUACUUAGCUCAGAGACAGGCUUUGAUGCUUUUGACACGAUUCCUCAAUUCCAGAAUGUGAUCUACACGAUUGGCGAGACGUUCCUUCAAUACACGGAGCACUUCAAGUUGUACAGCGCGUUCUGCUCGAGUCACUCGCGAGUUGUGGAGCUACUUGGACCAGGUAAAAACGAGGCUUUGCGGAACUUUCUCGAUGCUCGGAAUCCUAAGAAUCAGCACUCGGGAACCCUGGAGUCGUACUUCAUCAAGCCCAUCCAGCGCAUUCUGCGAUACCCUCUGCUGCUAAGGACCAUUCUCAAGCUGUUAGACGAGACAAGCGAAGAGUACAAAGUUUUGUUGGAGGCCGUGGUUGCCAUAGAGAAGGUCGCGACGCAUAUCAAUGAGAUGCAGCGGAUAACUGAGCGAUUUGCGCCGAUCUUUAACCAACUCGUGGAGGAUUACGACGACUGCGAGGUUUCUGACGUCACAAUUGACCGCUUGCUGCAUCAUGGGAAGGUCACGUGGCUGAAUUGCCCAGACGAGCCUCGUUCUGGCACGCUGAAGGUCCGCUAUCCCGUGUCACCUCGACUGUACAAGAAGACGACCAAUAACAUCAUGCACUUAUUUGUAUUUGAAAAAAUCAUAAUUCUCGUCCACAUGGAGACGAAAUCUCGCAAGAAGGAGAAGAGCUCUUCACACAAACUUUCAGAGGAGAUCAAGUUUAAGUUCUUGAUCCCUGUGACGUCACUGGUGUUGCGUGACCACUGCUGGGCGAACGACACGGACACACUUCAUUCGUGGGAGCUUGUUAACAUCAGUGAUACCACUGAGCUCGGCAAGCAAGAGUGUGCUUAUCUCUUCGCAAGCAAAACUGCAGGAGAAAAGCGAGAAAUGGUUCGUAGCAUCAAGGAAGCGAUCAAAAGGGGAAUCAGGGCUGGGUCCACGGCCUCUACCAUCCGCUCACACAAUAGUUUCCGCCGGACCGACACCAGUCGGCCUCAAGCACCCCCCCUGAAACAUACAGCCAUCCGUAGCCUGAGCGCCUCAACCAACGAGGCGGAAGGGGGGAACUUUCUCCGAAUAAACGACAACAACCUCUUACGCCGGUCGUUCAGUCAUAACCCAGAGGAGGCAAAGACCAGAAGGACGUCCUUAGUGGAACACGAACACAAGCAGUACCUCUCGUUACUGGGCGUGGUCGGAUCCCACUCCCAAGAGAACAUCCCGGAGAGUGUGGAACAGAGAGUCGUGGUGGUUCAUAAAGAUGACAGUCCAAAACAACUGGAGAUUGGCUCUUAUUGAUCAACAUGGUGUAUCUAUCCCUGUUGGGUGUGGUCGGGUCCCACUUACAGGGGAACAUCCCGGAGAGUGUGGAACAGACGUGGUGGUUCACAAAGAUGACAGUUCAAAGCAACUGGAGAUUGGCUCUUGCCGCCACCAGAACUCAGUAUUCAACCCCGUCAUCCGCUUGAAUCUCAGGACGAUUGCGUAUCGUUAUGUCUGAUGUAUAUAUUUUUAUAUAUGUAUGUAUUAUAGAGCUAUUAUGUAUGACUAUUUUUAUAGGCUCUUUAAAGAAGCCGAGAUGUGACUAUAUCAUCACAUGCUCGGAGACUCAGUGGCCUCGAGUAACCGCUGGAUCCCCAAGCACGAUAUAUUAUUGUACAAAACAAAAUUAAAAUGGACAAAUGAGUUUG